UGGCCUACUCUGAAAUAGUGAGACUCGUAGUCGCACAUAAUUCAAACCCAAAAACACGAUAAUUCUCUUGAAUGGAUUCCACAAUCUUCCACUCCCCAAAUUCCGAUUUCUCAUCGGAAUCUUCCUUUGGGUCACCGGAAUCUUUCUCCUGGGAUGGCCUAAAUUUCGACCAGCAAAGUUUCCUUCCUUUCAACGAAAAUGACUCCGAAGAAAUGCUUCUUUUGGGCCUAAUUUCGAAGGCGAACCAAGAGAUCACAUCGGAAAGGUGCGCGAAACGGGUUAAGGAAGAAGAGGUGAGCUCAGCAGCGGAGGCAAAUCCCGAGAAGGAGAAGUCGUACAGGGGGGUCCGGAGGCGUCCGUGGGGGAAGUUCGCGGCGGAGAUAAGGGAUUCCACUAGGCACGGCAUAAGGGUAUGGUUAGGAACAUUUGAUAGUGCCGAGGCGGCAGCCUUGGCCUACGACCAAGCCGCCUUUUCCAUGCGCGGUUCCUCUGCUAUACUCAAUUUUCCGGUUGAAAGAGUCCGGGAAUCGCUGAGGGACAUGAAUUACGGUUCCGAAGAUGGGUGUUCGCCGGUGGUGGCUCUCAAGAGAAAGCACUCGAUGAGAAGGAAAAAUAUAUUAAGCAAGAAAACCAAUGAGAGGGAUUUAAGGAUAGAGAGUGUGGUCGUUUUGGAGGAUUUAGGCCCAGACUACUUGGAACAACUUUUGAGUUCAUCGGGAAGUGCUAGCCCUUGGUAAUUAAUUAAACCAACAUCAUUUCCCCCACCCCUUAGCAUAAUCCUUCUACUAAUUACUACUCUUGAAUUCCCUUGUGUUCUUCUUUUAAUUUUUAAUUUUUAAUUUUUUUUUUUCCCUCUCUUAGAUAGAUUUCAUUGUUACAUGCUUUGAGAUCAUUAAAAUCUGUAUCUUUUUUUUUUUUUUUUUUGUAAAGUUGAAUUGAUAUGGCAUCUUGUAGUAUCAUCAUGUGGGCCAGAAUCACAAGUCUUGAUUAAUAGAAAUGACUUAAAGUCAACUAA